CGUCACCGUAUCUUGUUGACAAAAUGUAUCACAAUAUGCCAAACCGUAGCCCAAUCCGUAUCCAAAGCCCACAUCCAUGAAAAAAAAAAUAAAACAGAAGAAAACACAACUAAUCUUCUCGUUCUCUCAUCUUUUUGCGUUUUUCUUUCACAGUGAAGAAGAAAACUACUUCCAGCUUAAAAGGGGUAGAAGGAUGAUGGAUAAUUGUUAAUCUCGUAACAUUCAAAUUUUAGUCGUCAGUGCUCUGCGAUUUUCCGUAGUAUCUCAAGUUGCGGGAGUAACCUAUAUUGAAUUUGAACUCUGCACUAAUUCUAGUAUUGCAACUAAUUCCUAGGAAUGGAAUUUUUAUUUGCCAAGAUCUGGAGGAUUCUGCCUCACUAGUUCAGAUUUCUUUGAUGUCAAGCAAUGGCUGUGAAGCCAUUGAAUAAUAUUUGGAUUCGACGACAGCAAUGCCCUUGUGGAGAUUGGAAGUGCUACAUCAAGUAUGGUGGAGAUGGCCAGGUAACAGUUGGGUCAUCUUCCGUGAGGAAGGAAACAACAUUGUCGCCGGUAGAUGAAGUUGUUUUUACUCCAUAUGUUGGCCAGAUAUUCAAGAGUGACGAUGAAGCAUUAGAAUUCUACUGCAACUUUGCUCGGAAGAAUGGGUUCUCGAUUAGGAAAGCCCGUUCAACUGAAAGCCAGAAUUUAGGGAUUUAUAGAAGGGACUUUGUUUGUUACCGUUCUGGAUUUAACCAGACUAGGAAGAAAGCCAAUGUUGAGCACCCCAGGGAUAGAAAGUCAGUAAGGUGUGGCUGUGAUGCUAAGUUGUAUCUAACGAAGGAAUUUGUAAAUGGGCGAACUCAGUGGUACGUUUCUCAAUUUAGUAAUGUUCAUAAUCAUGAGUUGCUGGAAGAUGAUCAAGUGCGCCUGCUUCCUGCCUACAGAAAAAUUGAAGAAGCUGAUCAAGAGCGAAUCCUUCUACUUUCCAGAGCAGGGUUUUCUGUCAAUCGAAUAUUAAAGGUGUUGGAGUUAGAGAAGGGAGUGAAACCUGGCCAAUUACCAUUUAUUGAAAAGGAUGUGCGGAAUUUUGUCAGGACGUGUAAGAAAACUGUUCAAGAAAAUAAUGCUAUUCUAACUGAGAAGAGGGAGAAUGACUUAUUAGAGCUUCUUGAUGCGUGUAAAGCUAUGGCACAGAAGAAUGAUGGGUUUGUCUAUAGUUAUACUACUACUGAACAUGGAAGAGUAGAAAACAUUGCUUGGGCUUAUGGAGACUCAGUCCGUGCAUUUUCAAUUUUUGGUGAUGCUGUUACAUUUGAUACCACAUACCGCUCUAUUACCUACAAUGUGCUACUUGGGGUUUGGUUUGGCAUCAGCAACCAUGGAAGAGCAUUUUUCCUUGGGUGUGUUCUUUUACGAGAAGAGACAUUACAGUCAUUCUCUUGGGCAUUGCAGGUUUUUAUACAGUUUAUGCGAGGAGGACAUCCACAAACAGUUGUAACUGAUAUAGAUUCAGGGCUUAGAGAUGCUAUUUCCAUGGAGAUGCCAAAUACUAAACAUAUCGUAUCCAUAUGGCAGGUCCAAUCAAAAUUGUCGAGUUGGUUCUCGUUGCACUUGGGUUCACAGUUUCCAGAAUUUAAAAAUCAGUUCGAUGUGUUGUGUUAUCUGGAAGAUGUGGAAGAAUUUGAGCAUCGGUUGAAUCAUCUCAUUGCAAGCUUUGGACUUGGUUCAGACAAGCAUAUUGCUUUGCUCUUUUCUUAUCGACUUUCCUGGUCAUUCUGCUACAUCCGCAAUUUCUUUUUGGCUCGCAGCUUGAGUUCUGAGUACUUGAAAUCAGUUGAAACAUUUAUGAAAAGCAUCUUGGGUAGGCAAUCAUGUCUGCAAUCCUUCUUUGAACAGGUUGUUUCCCUGGCAACCUAAAUUUAGCCACUUAGCAUAACUUUGACAAAAAGGCUAAUCUAUUUUAUCUGUACAUACUUGCAGGUUGGUACUGUUGCCAACAACGGAUACAAGAACAGGGAAGAGUUGCUGCAUGUUCCCAUUAAAACUUGCCUGCCCCUUGAAGAACACGCAAGGACCAUUCUAACACCUUAUACCUUUACUGUGGCACAGAACGAAUUUAUGCUAUCUAUGCAGUAUGUGUCAACCGAAAUGGCUAAUGGCUCAUACCUUGUGAGGCACUACAAAAGAAUGGAAAGAGAAUGUCUUGUUUACUGGAUUCCUGAAAGUGAACAAGUUCAAUGCUCGUGUAAAGAAUUUGAACAUUCUGGUAUUUUAUGUAGGCAUUCCGUGCGAGUUCUUGUUGUUAAGAAUCACUUUGAGAUCCCGGAGAAAUAUUUUCCAUUAAGAUGGCGACUAGAGAGCUGGCCAGUUCCUGCUGCUGACCAUAUCAUUCAAAGCCAUGACAGUGAGUUUUCUCAGAACUUUAACUCCCUUGUCGCAGGCCUAUUAACAGAAUCAUCUAGUAGGGUACGCCGGGAUUAUGUUCAUAGAGCAUUAACUAAACUCCUUGAGCAUGUACAGAAUAUGCCUAUUCUAGAUGAAACCACAGCACAUAUAGCGCCAGGCAAUGUCUGUGAAUCUUAAGCUUUUAUCUGCACAUUUUUGUGUUUAGUGUACCCAUAGUUGAAACAUGGAGCAUCGUGUCUUUUGUUGAGUCCGCUAACAUGUACAGAUAUUGAAACCAAUCGGAAGACGAAAGAUCCAUUAUGUCUUUUGUUGCAUGAGCAAACCAAUCAAGGUGGUAAAUUAUGGAUAACUUUUUUCUGCUGCUAAGAUGAUCAUAAACUCAUUGACCUGAUUAACUGAUUAGCUCACAGGCUUUCAAUGAGAAUUAAUACUGUAAAUUUUCAAAUCUGUUUUAAGGUUUUGUUCUUUGCCUGUAGCCUGUUCUAUCUUAAAGCUCUUACCCAAAAGACAAUAAUACUUGCAGGAAACACUUAAACAAUUUGCUUUUUUUUUUUUUUUGAAAAUGAAUUAAACAAUUUGCUCUAUGCAAUUUUAUUUUAUUUAUUUUUUGCAGUAACAGACAAAAUGGAGGAUGAGGAAAUAUUAGUGUAAAUAAUCAGAAAAAAUACCUAGUUUCGGAUCAAAUUUCAAAGGAAAGAGUUGUCACGAUUUAUGUUAACAAAAUCUAUGUUACGCUACUGAUACUCUCUCCGAGUCACUGUAGUUCCCUAUAUUAACAAAUUUUUUAUGACAAAUGGGAAUGAUAUUGUAGUAUUAGUCAUUUUCAAUACAUUAUACGGUAUAAAACCCAAAGAGGGAACAACUUUCUUUUCCAGUACUUAUAUGGUGGCAGUUGACAAUUUUUAAAUAAAGAUUAAAAAGAACUUCGUCAUAGUUUGACAAUUUCAAGGCUGUUUUUGAAUUCAGCCGCCUUAUUCAAACUUCCAUAUCUGUUGAUGCUUAAUAAUUGUAAUUGUUAAUAACUGGAAGCCUGGAAUCCCUUCAGUGACCACGUGAAUCUGCGAAAAAAAAAGUUAUAAAAGAACAAAAAACAAGAAAUGGAACUGAAGGGUCGCAGCUAGUGAUACUUCCUCUGUAGUGGAAAAAAGAAAAUACAUUAAUUCUGGAGAGGAAAUAGCUAGACAUGAAGAUUUCUAUGUUAAUGUCAUCGGCUUUCUGCUGUUUUUUCCUACUAGUUAUAUCAUCAGUCCACUCAAGCUUGAUUCUUCCUGAUAGUUUCAUCCAAUGCCUCUCUGAUAAUCAAUUUUCCUCAAAUCCAUCUGUUCUAAGUGUAGUUUACGCCAGAACCAACACAUCCUACCGAUCCAUUUUGGAUCUGCAAUCCCAGAUUAUAGAUACUUAUCAUCUGCCACACCAAAGCCGCUUGCCAUAAUCACUCCUGUAGUUUACCCCCAUGUUCAAGCCACAGUUGUAUGUUCAAAACUGUCUGGACUUCAGCAACGUUCUAACCAACAAUAUAUACCAAGGGAAGAUGAAUGGAUUUCUGUGCAAAAUGU